AUGAAGAAUCACACAGCAAUAACCACAUUCAUCCUGCUGGGAUUGACAGAUGACCCAAAACUACGAGUCUUGCUCUUUGUAUUUUUGUUUUUCACCUACCUAUUGAGUGUGGCUGGGAACCUCAUCAUUAUCACCCUCACACUCUGGGAUUCCCAUCUUAAAACUCCCAUGUAUUUUUUUCUCCGAAAUUUCUCUUUCUUAGAAAUUUCAUUCACCACUGUCUGUAUCCCCAGAUACCUUUAUGCUAUGAUAUCUGGAGAUAAUACAGUUACUUAUAAUGCUUGUGCCACCCAGAUAUUUUUUGUUGUUCUCCUUGUAGCAACAGAAUUUUUUCUCCUUGCCGCCAUGUCCUAUGACCGCUAUGUGGCCAUCUGUAAGCCUCUGCAUUACAUGACCAUCGUGAACAGCAGAGUCUGCACUACACUUGUUCUCUGCUGUUGGAUUGCAGGCCUGUUAAUCAUCCUCCCAGCCCUUGGCUUGGGCCUCCAGCUGGAAUUCUGUGACUCGAAUGUGAUUGAUCAUUUCGUCUGUGACACAUCUCCUAUUUUAAAGAUAACCUGCUCAGACACAGCGUUAAUAGAGCGAAUUGCCUUGAGUUUUGCUGCGCUGACGCUCACUGUGACCUUGGUGUGUGUUGUCCUCUCCUACGCUUACAUCAUCAAGACCAUUCUCAGAUUCCCUUCUGCCCAGCAAAGGAAGAAAGCCUUUUCCACGUGCUCCUCCCACAUGCUUGUGGUUUCCAUCAGUUAUGGCAGCUGCAUCUUCAUCUACAUCAAGCCCUCGGCAAAGGAAGGAGUAGCUAUUAAUAAAGUGGUGUCUGUGCUCACUACAUCCGUUGCCCCUUUGCUUAAUCCAUUCAUUUAUACACUUCGAAACAAACAAGUGAAAAAUGCCUUCAAAGACACAGUAAAGCAGAUUGUAUUUCUCACAAAGAAGUAA